UGACGAGGAACUUGUCUGAGGACAACAUUCACUCCGCGGGUUCCUAACUUACAUUCACGCCAUGUGGCUACUCGUAUUAGCAGGUCUGUUGGCGGUUUCCGCUGGGAAGGAAAGCAGCGGUUCGUCAUCAUCAUCCGUCGCUGCGACAGCAGAGAAGAGUUCGUCGAGUCCGGACGAUCUCGUGCUCCUCGAGAUCGACUUGAAGGACCCGGCAAAACGGUCCCCGGUAACAGCAACUGCCGUCUACGGUGCCUCUCCAAGUCAAUACGUGAUUAGACAUGGUGACGAAAGUCAAGAGUUGACACCGGAGUACCUGGGACUGCUUCAGCAGUACACUCAUACCCAGCAGGCCCCACAGCCUCAGGCCCGUAGACCACUCCCAGGCUACGCCAAGCAACAACAGCAACUUCAGCAGGCCUACCAGAACUCUCGAGUGCCGGCAGUCGCUCCGCCGAGACCCAGAUCCCAGCUUCACCCUCAGGCACUGGCCCAAGCCGAGGCGGCGGCCCAGAUCCAGGCCCAAAUCGAUGCUCAGUCCCGCGCUGAGGCCCUGCAAGCAGCACGACUCGGUGCCGGCUCUUCGGCUGCUCCGACCUACGUGGACCCCAAACUCGGAUCCUUCGAGCAGGAGCUACUUCAGCUAGUUUCCGCCAAUCAGGCCCAGGAGUUCAAACUAGCUCGCGGGCCUGCUGAGGCUGGACCCAGAUACGUUGAGCAGAGCUACGCCGAUCAGCUUCCGGAACAGUACCAUGUCGAGACCAGUGCAGGAAGGUAUCACCAGCCGUCAGCCCAGACCGCAUAUCAGGCCCAAGCCCAGGAAGACGUGAGCCAGAUUCAGUACCAGACCCCACGCUACCAACCCAAACAGGCCAAGGCUUUCAGGCCCUCUCCACGGUACCAGGACCCCCAAGAGCAGGUGAACCUCAAGGCGCUCCAACAGCAGGCUGAGGCCCAAGCGAUAGCUCAGGCCCAGGCUGAGGCUCAGGCCCAGGCACUUGCCUUCCAGCGAAUAUCGCAUGCUUCACACAACAAGCAUCAGCAGGCAGCAUUGGAACAGAUCCGUUUGAACAACGAGCAGCACAGACAGGCCGUUAUUGCCGAAGAGGCCCGAGUGAGGAGCGAACAACAGCGGCAGACGAACGCUCUUGAGCAGAUCCAGAAUGGCGCUCACGUCAGCGAAGCCGGCCAGGCCCACCUCACCGCUCAGGCUGAGGAGCAGGCCCACCCCAGACCCGUAGAUCACGAGGCCCAGCUCAAGGCCCAGCUCAAGGCUCAGGCCCAUGCCGAAGCCGCGGCGGCCCGACGGGCCCAAGAAGCUGCCGAGUUCAAGGCCCACGCUGAUGCCAUUCGCAACCUUCAGGCCCAGCAACAGGCCCACGUCAAGGCCCAGGAGGACGCACACCGCAACGCACUUGCUCUGGAGCGCAACCAGCUCCGCGCUCAGGCCCACGCUCAGGCCCUGGCUCAGGCCCAGGCUGAGGCCCUCUACAAGCACCAGCAACAGGUCCGAGCCAAGGCCCACGGCGAAGCUCAGGCUGCCGCGCGCGCCCAGACCGAAGCCCGCAAGACGGACCCAAACGCCCCUGUGGUUCAGUACCUCCUCCCCACCUCCGUCCCCCUCCCCCCACCCAAUAGCUACUUCACCAACGAGCAGAUCCAGAAGUACGCGACCUCGGCCUCCUCCUACGUUCCCCGCUCAACGCAGACGCCCAAGGCCCAAGACGAGCAGAGCUACGCUCAGCAGCAGGUCAACCAGCCCCGUCAGGCCCACAAGUACAAGGCCCAGCCUCAGUCCUCGAUCUACGUCUCCCAGUCUGGCAUCCCCAAGAAGGCCCCUGUCAAAUCGCUUACCAUCGAGGAGAUCAUUGAACAGGAUCAGCAGAACAGUCCCCAAGUCGUUCGGCUCCCGAGCUUGAGUGGGCCUCAGUCCCUCACUCAGGAGGAUGUUGCAGCCCUCAUCAGCGCCGGCUACUCCGUCACUCCAGUUCCCCCCGCGAAACCCGCGCAGAGAACCGCGUAUCCUGACCCUGAAAACUCGUCCGUAGGUUACUACAAAAAACAGCGCAGUCCCGAGUACGGAUACGAUGAGGCCCAGGUAUCGACCGCACAGAGAAGGCCCGCCAGAAGGCAGAGGCUGCAUCAGGUAGCCCAAGAAACUGACUCUAGCGCCAGCGAAAAGGUUCUUUACGUUGUCAGGAGCGAUGAAUCAAGUGACGCCAAGGAGUGAACAAGUCGCCGGAAUUUAUGUAGAAAAUACGAUCUCGAUGGACGGAAUUAUCGCACCGCGGUUGCUUGAUUUGGGUGCUUGCUUUUUCUCUUUUUUGAAUUUUUCUUAAAAGUUUUUCAUCGCGAUGGUUGAGUCUCGGGAGGUUCGGAUAAACGUUGCGUCCAAAUCUUAGUCGAUCGAUAUAAUCAUCGAUUUGAAAUCAUAAUCUUCAGGAAUUUUAUUAAAUAAGAAUUUUUUUUAACAAAAUUUGGAUUAGAAAAAAUUACAAUUCUUGAGAGAAAAAAAUUGGAAACUUAUCACCCGACUGCGAACCACGCUUUUUGACCUUAGGCGACGAGUUGUGACUGAAAACAACAUUUGUUUUCCUUAGUUUGAAGUAAAAAGAAAAAAGAGGGAAAAAAAAAAUUCAUUCGAAUCGCCCAAAU